AUGAAAGAGCCCCGGCGCUUUGAAGAUUGGGGUGACCAUGAGAGUGUCACAGAACCCCCCAAAAAAACUCAGAUUGAGCAUUCUGAGGACCUGGUGUUCUGGCGGGUACCCCUUGCGACUUCCCUGCUCUCUGGUAAGCUCUAAUAAGAGCCCCAAGAGCGAGCGGGGUUGGAGACAUGUGUACUGUGGAAUCUACUCGCUUUCUUCAUUGCACAAAGCUCCAAAGUCUGGCUAUCGUUAGUGACCAAUUUCUCUGACCAAAUAUAAAAGAUUGGAUAAUCGUGAGUAAAAAAGGAUUUUAAUUUGGGCUGUUAAUUGGUUUGGAAGGGAUUCAAAUUACAGAGGUCAAUCCCUUUCCGCUGAAGUAAAAGUGAAAGCAGUUAUCACUGACCGAAGCUGUAACUUUAAAAGAUUUGUUAAAACUUCCAAGGAAACACUUUAAGCCCCUCUUUCUGCAGGGGGAAGUGGGGUGAAUUUGACUGAAUUGAGACCCUGCAUGAGAUAGAUUUGACAGUGGAAUAGACUCUUGCUUUUUGGAAGCGGACCUCCCAGCGGGGGAAGGCUAGACGCCAUUAUUGCAUCACGAAGGGAGCGGAUACAUUCAACUUUCGUUUUCCUCUUUGGGGAUUACAAGGUAACUGCUGCUGUCUGAGCUUGCUACAAUAGUACACAUUGCUUCUCUUACCCUUCUUGAAUUGAAUAUAAGUGUCCAAAUUAAUUUUAGAUGGUUCCCAAAAAGAAUAAGAAGAGUAAAAAGAAUUAGACUUUGAAAGGGGGGAGCUGCUGAGUUGUCUGCUGUUGCCUGUGCACUGAAAAUCCUGUGGACUGUGUCUGGGUGAGUUGACCUUGACACUUUGGAAUAGUUAUGGCUAAUGGUGUAGAUAAGCCUGACAAAAGUAAAACUAAAGACAGAAGAGGCUCCAAAGCACCAACUUUUGAAGAGACGGUGAUGCAAAUGUCACCAGAAAUAAGAACAGAUGUCAGAGGAACCCAGCAGAAUGUACAGGAGCUUAAACAAGAAUUUGUAGAUUUGAAAAAAGGCAUUCAAGAGGUCAAGGAAGAGGUUGCCAGUCACGUAACAAGAUUGACGGAAUUGGAAACAGUGAGAGUGCCUGAUGUAGAGAGGACCCAACAGGAUGCCCUUAACACAAUUGCUUUCUUACAGAUGAAGGAACGGGAAAAUCAACUGAGAGUGAGAGGCGUGCCCCAAUUGGAACAAGAUAAUCUUAAGGACUGGCUAAUUGAGGAGUUUGCAGCGUGUUGGGAUCUGGAAAAAGAUGAGCUAAAUUCUUGGAUUGAGAGGGCCUAUAGGUUUGGGCCUAAGAAAGACUCAAAAAUUGUACAUGACUGUAUAGCGGUUUUCAAGACAAAGGAACAGAGGGACAAUAUUUUGGGUCUACAUUAUAAAAAAAGCCUGAAGAUUAAAGACAAGCCAAUUGUUUUGUUCAAGGAGAUUCCAAAACAUUUUCUGAACUUAAGGAAUAAUUACGCAGAUUUGGCUGGAGCUCUGAGAAGGAAUAACAUCUUUUUUCAGGUGCGAGUUUCCAGAGGGCCUCUCCUUCAAAUUUCAAGGAAGGAUACAAAGAAUUAG